AUGUUGUUCUUAACUUUACUGUUCAUUCUAAGUGUGUGCGUUUAUUUUAUAUAUAUUAUAGUGUGCAACAGAAGAUUUGAUUAUUGGCGAAAGAAGAAUGUGAGUUUUGUACCGCCGGUUCCUAUCCUAGGAAAUUAUUCAGGGUAUAUCCUACUAAAGGAAAGUAUAUCCAAAGUGGUGCAUAAUUUGUGCAAAUUAUUUCCAAAUGACCCCUACAUUGGUGCGUUCUUUGGCACAGAGCCGACUUUAAUAGUUAAAGACCCGGAAUUCAUUAAACUGGUAUUAACUAAAGAUUUCUACCAUUUCAACGGCAGAGAAGGCUCCAAAUACACCCACAAUGAAGUUGUAACACAGAACAUAUUUUUCACGUACGGUGAUCGGUGGAAGGUCAUCCGGCAAAACCUGACGCCGCUUUUCUCUUCUUUAAAAAUGAGAAACAUGUUUCAUAUUAUCGAGAAAUGUUCUGGUAUUUUCGAGAAUUUGCUGGAUGAAGAAUCUUUAGCACCCGAAGUUGAAAUGAAGUCUUUAAUGUCGCGGUUCACAAUGGACUGCAUAGGCGGUUGUGCGUUCGGAGUAGACACUAAAGCGAUGCAGGAACCCAAGGAUAACAUCUUCACAACUAUGGGAUACCUUUUCUUCGAGAGCACCACCUACCGAGGGAUCAAGAACGUUCUCAGAGCCAUUUGGCCAGGGAUAUUCUAUGGACUAGGUCUCAAAGUAUUUCCAACGGAUUUAAAUGAGUUUUUUAGUAAACUUCUAGUAGGGAUUUUCGAAGCACGGGACUACAAGCCUUCCUCACGGAACGAUUUCGUUGACCUGUUGUUAAAUUUGAAGAAGAACAGACAUAUCGUCGGCGACCGUUUGCAAAAGACUACAACAGGAGACGAAGGAGCAGACAGUAAAUUUGAACUGGAAGUGGAUGAUGGGCUUUUAGUGGGGCAAUGCCUAGCCUUCUUUAGCGCAGGUUUUGAAACUACAUCCACUAUUUCAAACUUUACUUUGUACGAGCUGGCAAAGAAUCCAGAUGUUCAGAAAAGAGCACAGAAAGAAGUAGACGAAUAUAUUAAAAAGCACAACAAUAAACUAGAUUAUGAUUGCGUGAAGGAGCUCCCGUUUGUGGAGGCGUGUAUAGAUGAAGCGCUACGCUUGUAUCCUGUUCUUGGAGUAUUGACAAGAGAAGUAAUGGAACAAUACACAUUCCCGACCGGCCUGACUCUCGAUAAAGGAGAUCGCGUCCAUAUUCCCGUGUAUCAUCUGCAACGCGACCCGGAAUACUUUCCGGAGCCAGAGCUCUUCAAGCCGGAGAGGUUUUAUGGGGAAGAAAAGAAGAAUAUCAGACCCUUUACGUAUUUGCCAUUUGGGGACGGACCACGCAUUUGUAUUGGUAUGAGGUUCGCGAAGAUGCAGAUCCUGGCCGGUCUGGUGACAAUACUGAAAAAGUACACAGUGCAACUGGCCGACGGUAUGCCGGAGACGAUCGAUAUCGAACCCAAAGCCAUUGUUACGCAGCCAGCCAUUAGCAUGCGACUAAAAUUCGUUCCGAGAAAUGAUUUGCAGAAAAGAAUUUUCGCAUAGACGUAAUAAGAGUUCUAAGUCCGGCUAUACCGUAAAAAGCAAACGGAUACUAAAUUUGAUGGCCCGGUCUACGUGCUUUUGACUGGUUUGGAUACUGAGCUUUAUUUAUUUAACUUUUUAAGUGGGUGAUAUUGAGUGGCUUGCUGAUAAGGCGCCCGCUUUGAAGCUCUAAGUCGACAUUUCAAUAUCAUAAUAAUAUAAGUACCCAUCAGAACGGAGGGGUGCCCUGCUCACGGUACAAAUAGGCAGGAUGGCGUUCAUCCAGACACAUAAUACACCCUAAGAUUAAGGAUUAAUAAGUUAACACGUGUUAGGUGCGUAUUUAUAUACCUCCGCGACCGGGUAUCCGUAAAUGGAUUCCCUAACUUAAAAAAAAAAGCUGCGUAUUUCCAUAAAAUUGGAUACUUGCCUGCACCAGUGUGUUCAGUGCGAGUUUUUUAACUUUCUCGAUAGCGUAAAAGUUAACUCAAAUUUGUAUGGAGCUGGAACGUUUACCUACGUUUGCCGCUAGGGGCGCUGUUCCAAUUGCACACAAUUUUUUUUUUAUUGCUUAGAUGGUUGGAAGAGCUCACAGCCCACCUGCUGUUAAGUGGUUACUGGAGCCCAUAGACAUCCACAACGUAAAUGCGCCACCCACCUCGAGAUAUAAGUUCUAAGGUCUCAGUAUAGUUACAACGGCUACUUCACCCUUCAAACCGAAAGGCAUUACUGCUUCAUGGCAGAAAUAGGCAGGGUGGUGGUACCUACCCGUGCAGACUCACAAGAGGUCCUACCACCAGUGAUUACGUAAAUUAUAAUUUAGCGGGUUUGAUUUUUAUUACACGAUGUUAUUCCCUCACCGUGGAAGUCAAUCGUGAACAUUUGUCAAGUACGUAUUUCAUUAGAAAAAUUGGUACCCGCCUGCGGGAUUCGAACACCGGUGCAUCGCAACAACGAAUGCACCGGACGUCUUAUCCUUUAGGCCACGACUCCAAUGCUCUCUAGACAGUCCCUUUAUCUCUCAUGCAUCCAAUCUCCGACGAGAUGGAGCUCAGAGAGAUCAAGCUCUCCGAUUCGGAAUAUCGGACAGCCGUAGUACAAAUGCCACGUCCAUAAUUCUACAAGUUUCGUUUUUCAGACUAUUUAUUUGUCUAGUUUCUCACCUUUUUUUGGAUUCUCUAUGCUCUAGACUACAUUUCCGUAUAAAAUAAAAUAUAAAACUAAGUUUAUAAAUGAUAUUUGAAAUACAUAUGUAACAUAAAAACGAUUUAUAAUUUGUAUAUUAACGAAAUUAGCUGUUGUCCUAACUUGUCUUUGAACAAAGAUAAGAAAAACGAAUCUAAAUCAGGAAACAUUAUGUAAUGGAUAAUCUUUUCUAUUGCAAUGUACAUUAAAACGUUAAACCAUUACCAAUAUUUCCUAUUACUAGAGUUCCCGCAGUAGUCGAAAUUCGACUAUAAUUAAUUGGAAUUGUAAGUUUGUACACUAUUAUGAUUGUAUUUUAUAAUCACAAAUCUCGCCAAGACUACACUAUAAAAAAUAUCAACAAAGACAAUCAAUACCUAUUUAAUGUAUUCUCAAUUUGACAACAGAUGUCAAGAACAAAAGCUUGACAAUAAAUAGUAUGCAUGCGUGUGUGCGUCAAAUACAUGGUCUGUAGUGUGUGUAAUGUUGUCUUUAUUCAUUUAAUGUAUCUUUUAUGCAUUAUUUAAAAAAAAAAAUAGCUUUUUUUUUAUUGCUUAGAUGGGUGGACGAGCUCACAGCCCACCUGGUGUUAAGUGGUUACUGGAGCCCAUAGACAUCCACAACGCAAAUGCGCCACCCACCUUGAGAUACAAGUUCCAAGGUCUCAAGUAUAUGUAGUUACAUUGUUGCAUUGUGCACUUCUUCUCUAUAUUCUCUAUAAGUGUGUAAAAUUUAAUACUCCUCCGUCCGCGCAAUUUUCGUAAAAAGGGAUACAAAGUUUUCGCUUCACGUAUUAAUAUAUAGAUUAGAUUCAUUGAAGUUAGUUAACCUGUACUCAUUUAUCAAAGCGCCUGCAAUGACGCAUAGCAACACAAGAGUUUUUAUUGUUUGUCACACUUAUUAUGAGCCAUUGAAAAAUAUACUCGUAUGUAUAACCUUAUUGUUUGACAUUAUAACUAUAGAAUUUGCUUACAAAUACAUUAUUGAAAAGUACAA